AUGGCGGACCUUUCCAAGGAGCGCUUGGAAGGAUCUCACGCUGUUGAGAUUACUGGUAUAGACUUCUGUGGACCCUUCUUUUACAAGUCGAAUACUUGCAACAAGCCCGCGGUUAAAUGCUACGUCUGCGUAUUUAUAUGCUUUGCAACCAAGGCACGGCACCUGGAGCUGAUCAAGGAUCUCUCGACAGUUGCGUUUCUGUGCGGACUCAAGAGGUUCAUAUGCACCCGGCGGAAGCCGAAGCAAAUUUGGUCAGACAACGCCACCAACUUUGUCGGCGCAAAAAAUGAACUUCUGGAACUUCGAAGGUUACUUCUCAGCAGCGAGCAUCAAGGCUCCGUUCAGAACUUUUGCCUUUCGGAGACGAUUGACUGGCGGUUCAUCGCUCCACGGUCGCCCUAUUUCGGUGGACUUUGGGAAGCAGCGGUGAAAACGGCCAAACCUCAUUUCUACCGCGCUGUGGGUACGGCGGUUCUGACCUUCGACGAGCUGAGGACGCUGGUAUCAAAAGGGGAUCAACGCGCCACCAUCGGUGGUACGCGCCGUAAUUGUGACACACUACUGGAAGUGCAACUACACUCUCCACGCGAGGGCGGCUGGAAACAGGCUCUUAGUUAG